AAGUCACUCUGACAGCAAAGUCCACGGUAGCUUCCAUUAAUGUUCAACUUUGGAACUUUUUCACGUCUCUUUAUCUUCCAGAUCUCUAAAUUAGUGAUUGUUUAUUUAAAAGAUAAAGUCAUGCACGUGAGUUGACGCCUCUUUCAGGAGAUCGCAGACAUCGUUUUGAUUGCAGUGUGCCAUGCAAUAAUGUCGUGUGAGGAUUAUCAACACUUGGACAGGGUCGUGGCUAUUCUGGGAGAAUAUGGCCGCUACCAAAUUCUUAUUAUGGUUUUGCUAAGUUUAACGGUAAUACCGUGCGGCUACAUGGGAGUAAUGCCCAUCUUCAUCGCGGACACGCCGGCUUAUCAAUGCAGGAAUUGGUUGAAGUCCAUGCCUUGCGACGGGAAUUCUUCCAGCUGUUAUCCGUCCAAAGUGGAUGCGAACUGGAGCGAGGCGGUCGAACCGUGCAACGGCACAGAUCGAUGCGUGGAUGGAUGGAUCUUCAGUAAUGAGAGCUAUACUAUAGUUUCGGAGUGGGAGCUGGUUUGCGAAAAUGCAUGGAAGGUGCCCACCUCGACUUCGUUGUACUUUACGGGAGUCCUGUUGGGAUCCCUCAUCUUUGGUCAACUCUCAGACCGGUAUGGCAGAAAGCCUGUGCUUUUUCUCACCAUUUUGCUGCAUUCGGUCACCGCACUGAUCCAGGCCGCCUCUGUCAACUGGGUCAUGUUCUGUGUUCUUAACUGCAUGAGAGGACUGGGACAGGUGGCCUGCUUUACUGCAUCAUGUAUUAUCGGGUCGGAAAUGAUGGGUAAAUCUGCCAGAUUGAGUUUCAAUCUGCUGGGCCUGUGUGUGGCGACGGGCAUCGGUCUUGCCCUGCUGGCAAUGCUUGCCUACUUCAUACGAGGUUGGAGGAUGCUGCUUGUUGCUACCGCUAUCCCAAGCAUCUUCUCCCUUCCUUUUUGGUGGGUGAUUCCCGAGUCUCCUCGCUGGCUUUUGUCGAGAGGACGUGCGAAGGAGGCUGAAAAGGUUUUGCGCCGAGCUGCCAAGAUGAACCGAAUCCACCCGUCUGUGAUCAUGUUCAAGGUUGACAAUGACCCGCCAUUAUUGCAACACUCGAGUAAAGAUAAACAGACGUUUACAUUUAUGGACCUGAUACGCACCACUAACUUGAGGAAUAUUACAUGUCUUGGUUGUGUCACAUGGUUUGUAAGCUCCAUGGUGUUUUUCGGACUCGCUCUCAGUACGGGUAACCUGAAAGAGAAUAUUUACCUCAAUAACUUCAUUUCAGCAGCCACUGAGGCAGCAGCAUACAUUUUCACGUGGCUCUUGAUUAGUCGAGUGUCACGGCCCACACUUAUUUUUGCCUCACUGAUGUUCACAGGAAUGACACUCCUUGUGGUGAGACUUGUCCCGGAGGACAUGCAUGCCAUAAUCCAAGUGUUGGUUUUCUCGGGAAGGUUUGGUUCUUCUAUCGCUUACGGUUCUGAAUAUUUGUUUUUCUCUGAGCUGUACCCUACGGUGGUCAGGAACACAGGUCUGGGUGUUGUGGCCACAGCUGGACGCAUAGGCACCAUUAUCUGUCCUUAUGUCAUCUACAUAGGGGGUACCAAUAAGAUUCUCCCUUUUAUUAUUUUUGGUUCUUCAAGCGUCAUUGCAGCUCUUUUGAGUUUGUUGCUGCCAGACACGAGGAAUAGCAAAUUGCCUGACCUGAUCAAUGAAGCUAAACCCAGUCGAUGCUGUUUCCCUUGCAUGCAAGCAAGCGACAGCAAAGACUAAUGCAACGGCGCCCUCUGCUGACAAAUAAAUACACAUUUGCUAACAAAGGGAUAUCUAAUCUUGUAAAUAAAAAAAACGUUUUGUUCCAAAGUUGAGUUCACACUCCAUUGUCUAAUAGUAUCGAAGUCAUUGUUUUUGUGAUGUUGUUUAUUUUGCAUGAAUUUUGGUGCUCUUGGAAUCCCCAAACAGGGACUUGUGUUUUCAUAUUGUGGCGUAAAUAUGCAUUAACGAGUUGUAGCCUGCAGGUGGCAGUAUUUAGCCAAAACUAGCCAUCACUUCCUGUAUGACGGGACUCACUUGCCAGUUUAUUAAGUCAAAACCGUAAAAAGGUAACAGCGUUCAUUUCUGUUGUUUGGAGAAACUGUGG